AUGGAGAGUGUUUAUGACUGUGCUGUUUACAAGAAAUAUGUGAUGCUGGAUCCAUUGGGUGUGGUAACCAAGACACGAUCAACAGAAGGUGAUGAGGAAGAUUCCUUAGCAGCAGCCCCAAGUUCCAUAGCCCAUGGAGAAGAAAUGAAACGAGGGCAGAUGGAGAAUUAUAUCUAUGUGCCUGAUCUGUGGGAGUUACCAGAAAUAUCAGUGCCAGAUUUUCUUCCUGAUCUUGUGGGUAGUAUUGCCGAUGACAUUUCUUAUGCUGCUGAACGGGGUCCAUCCAUUGCGCCAUCUGUGCCUGGAAGCAACAUGCCAGAUUUACCGACUGUUAUUCCCGACAUCGACAGCAUACCAAGUGGUCCUGCUGGUGGUGCUGGAGCAUCUUCAGGGGUUGUUGAUCUGCUCACAUCAGCACAAAGUUCUGUUCCACCAGCCCCUGGCCCACCACCACCACCACCCCCUGCUGCUGCACCCCCUCCACCACCACCACCACCACCACCUCCAAAUGCCCCAGCACCACCUCCAACCUCAGGCACACCUGAUGAUCCACCGCCAAAGAUUUCAUCUGUUCCUAAGGAAGUAGCCGAUCCAGGUGACAGCCGCUCUAGUCUUCUGGAUGUCAUUAGGAAGGCUGGUGGGUCACAGGGUGCUGGGUUGAAAAAAGGUGCUGGGGAGGAAAAGCGUAAAGAACGCAAGAAAAAGGAGGCACCUCCACCAGCAAGUGGUGGCAACUUCAUGUCAGAUUUAUUUAGUCGGAUCCAACGGCGAAGAGAAGGAAUUUCGGGGGCUAAAACUCCUGGCUUUGGGGAGAGUGGCGAUGGCCAAGGGGGAGGAUCAGCCAUGGACAGUAUUUCAAAAAUGAUACCUUCCACAAAGGAGAGAAGUGAAAGUUUUCCAGCAGACACUGGCGCUGAUGAGGAUGACUGGGAGUGAUUUCUAGCUCACAUGGGUGAGCGUAUGUCAUCACAUCUUUUAUAGAAAUGUGGAUGUCUCAUCACAACACGAUUUAAUUUACAUACCAAAAAUUGUCACAAUUUCAUGAAUGCUGAUCCAGAAUCAUUAAGUUUUUCACUGUGGAUACUUCUGGUGAGACUACAUGACAUAAUUCCCUGGUUUUUGAUUUGACCUUCUUUUUACCCUUUCCGUGCAGCUGGCGAGAUCUUCUCACUUGACCCUAUCCACGCCAUCUUGGAGCAGGCAAGAAAAUCUCUCCAAACUGAUAUGAUCAUCAACAGAGGGCAACACUGCAUUGAUAGCCUAUUUACGAUCUUGGUGAGAUUUUCUUGCCGCCGCACGUAGUAAGGACUCUGUAGCA